AUGCCUUUAUUCGAUAAAUUAUUGGUCGGGAAAAAAAAUAAUUGCAAAAAUUUUGAUGAUUUACUGCCGUUCAAGAUCGAAUUUCCUCCUCGUGAUUGUAAAAACAAACUAAAAUUUAGGCCUGAUCAAAUAAGAAUAUUAUUAUUCCGUGAGUGCGAGUGGCGAGGAAGAAGAUUAUUGUUUGACUCAGUAUCUAAUAAAAUAAAUGGAAAUACCAAAUCACAUGAUGACAAUUCAUGUCCAAGAAACGGAAAUGGAUUACCGCAGGAGAAUGAAAAGGAUUCUUGUGAUAACGUGAGUCUAUUGAGCGAAAUGAUAUUUGGCACAGUAGCGAUGACAUACAGAGGACCUUUGUUCAAAGUUCACACUUUUGAUAAUACUAAAUGUAUUAUGUGCUGUAAAGUUUUUCCUGCUUCUGACCAUUAUCCUCAUAAACAAAUUGAAAGAUUGUCAGAUGAAGCGCUGGGUAGUCAUGAUUCUAAUUCUAGCAAUGGAAGUAUUCGUAAUACUCUUUCAUCACCUAGUUCGGGUAAUUUAUCAACGGGUAGCUUAAGAAAAAGUUCAACUUGUUCAAGUACUUGUAGUGGAUGGGACAUAGAUGUUCCUUUAUUGGGGAGUUCGCAAUCAAUAGAUAGCAAUUCGUCGUCAGGAUUUGGUAGUUUAUCAAGCCUACGUAGACGAUGGCUACGAGCCAUGUCAACGUCACUAAGUAUCACUGAGUCAGAUGAAAUAUUUGGAUUUCAACCGUGUGGCGAUACAUCCGGUGAUUUUAAUAUACGAAGACAUAAAACAAGACUCGGAUUGGCUAUUUUGAUUAAACUAACACUUGGCCAAGAGCGGUUGAUGGAAGUGAGACUUCUGGAGCACGCGGCUCAGCUUGAGGCGAUGUUGAACCGAUUGUGUUACGCCUGCAUCCAGCCUACCAGGAGAAAAAUAAAUUUUGAUCGCAAAGAAUCGACUGUGAGACUUCACCAGACCGCAUUACGGUGCACUCUCUGGUUACUGCGGUUGCUUAUGACCACAGAGAACAUUGGAAUACCAUCUAUAUGGCAUCAAGUAUUGCUUAACUCCUCUGUUUGUAUGGAAAUACGAGUUAAUAUGUUGUCCCGUAGUUUUCAUCAAAUGUCUCUGUUAUUAAAUAAGAUUGACACUAAAUCAACCAACUUCUUUCUCAGUACACUUGUAACAGCUGUUUUAACUUAUCAUCUUGGCUGGGUCAAUACCAUAAUGUCAUCACAUGAUAAUACACUGAUAGAAAACAUAAAAUUAAAAUAUCCAUAUAAUCCACUGUGGGCUCAAUUGGGUGAUUUAUAUGGAACACUAGGUAAUCCAGUUAAAUUUGUCAAUACAGUAAUUAUUGGUGAUCCAGAAAAAGAAACACUUAUAAAUGCAAUUCUGACAUUUUUGUCAUACUUUUUACGAAGUGCAAUUGUUGAAAAAAAUUAUGAGGUGCGCUAUUCACCUGAGGAAGAAGUACAAAAAGCUAUUGAAAUUUUCCAACGAAAAUCAAUUACCAAAAGCAGUAAAAAACAUUCAUUUAAAUCAAGAUCUAAUGACGGUAAAAGCAACCCAUUUACAACUAAUGCAGAAGCUAAAAGUAUUAACAAGACACGUGUUGAUUUGAACAUUCCAAAAUUACGUAAAACCGUUAGUUUGCACAAAAAUCUUAAUUAUUUAAAGCCCGAAACAGCCAAUUUGCCGUUAAAGCUUGAAUCCUGUCAAGACGAUUUAGUUACUGAUUACUCAACAAUGUGUUCAAAUGAUUCCGACAAAGAAGAAACUUCAAGUUCGGUAAAAAUAAUAGUCAGCGAAAUAGCAUCGCAAACCAGUACUCUAGAUAAAGAUAAAAAUUUUCCAAAUGGAUUAUUAUUAAGAGCUGAUGAUUUUGAGCAGAAAAAUGACUGGAGUGAUUCCGAAUCCCCGACAUUGGCACAAAAAUUUUCAUUCUUACACGAUAAUAUUCAAGAGAGUUGUGCGUCUAAUGCAACAACAGAAGUUUACUACUCUCAAGUUGAAUAUACUCAGCAGCAACAAGAUGACAAUAAACAAAACCAAGUAUUUUUUACACUUGGUGGAGAAGAUAAAACACUUGGUGAUAAUAUUCCUUCUACAGAUAAUAAUUUAAAUAGUACUAAUAAUAAUAAUAAUAUUAAUAUUAACAAUAACAAUAAUUGUCAAUGUUCUCUUGCAUUUAAUCGGGUCCCAAGUACAUCAGCUCAGCUACCAGAAGGUGUGUUGCGUAAAAUUUUGCAAAGAAAUUUUCCAGAAUCAUCGAAAAGUAUUCAGCAAAGGCAACCAGGUACAUCGUUCGGGCAGAAAGAUCGUACGAAUCUUCUUGGCUCCUGUCCAAAAUGCAACGGUAGCGGAAGUACCAGUUACGAAAGCGGUAAGCUCUUGUUAGAAACGCCGACAAAUGCUACUGAAGUACUGAGAACUUGCGGUAAUUCUGUUAGUACACGUGCCGGGAGUAGCAGUAGUAAUAGCAGUAGCAAUGCCGGUGGAAGCAAAGAAAAAGUUACCGUCCGUCCAAGAGGAAUUGAUUCACUUGAUGAAUUAUUAGAAGCCAAUAAUGUAAUUGAACUGCCAAUGCCAAGAUCUAAAGUCAUUAAUGCUAAUAAAUCAAAUAAUAAAUAUAUUUUUGAACAAGUAACCGGGUUUACAGACACACUUUUACGUAGAACGGUUACUAAAGUUAUGAAUAAUUGUAAAUUAGAUUCAGGGUAUACGUCAGGUCUAGUCAUACAAGGAUUAAUUAAAAACAAGGAUAAGAAUGAUUGUAAAGAGCGAAAAAUUGAUGAUGAAAAAGACGAAGCGGUAGAACGGUUGGUUGAUGAGUUGAGAGAAGAAAUGAGUAUUAAUACACAAUUUUCAAUGGUUGAUCACACCAUUUCCGAGUCACUUUGUAUACUUGCUGAUGUUGAUAAUUGGCAAGUUGGACUUAUAUCCAAUAAUUCGCCGAUUAAAAGUCCUUUACUACCGAUUGGCAUGUCUGCGUUGGUUUCAAACAUGCUCGAGGCUUUCGUUUAUUUGUGGACUAAAUAUCGGUCACCUGGGCAUUGUUUGAAUCUACUGGAAAAUAAAAUGCGAGAAAUAUGGCUGAGAAGCGAAGUACUGGCUAAGAUACUAAUGACUGGAGAUGUUUGCGAUAUGAGCUUGUCAAAUUUAACGAACACUCUAGACCUUGAUGCUGCCGAUUUACCACUUUUACUCGCUGUUGCUACCACUCAUUCACCACAAAUUGCCCAACGAUUUGGGCUUACGCUUACUUAA